AGCUUGCUAACUUUCUCGCUUCUCCUCCCACACAGAAGCCAGCCUUUAACUCAGGCUGCACUCUCGCCUCGUACUCUAUAUAAAGAUGCGACGCACAAAUAUGUCUGUGCUUCAGAUGGGAUAUCAUGUUGCACACACGAUCGAAUCAUAGGAGGCUGUCAUGUGAGCAGGAAGCCUCUGGAACAUCUGCGGACCUCGUGGAUGGCAAACAAUGUAGGAUGUGUUUUGGUUUUGUUGGCCAGGAUUAUUUAUUGUUCAUGCAUUAUUAAUUUUGAAUGUUAAACACAAGCCCACGCUGCCUGGGCCCUCACUUUGUGUGUGUGUGUGUGUGUGUGUGUGUGUGUGUGUGUGUGUGUGUGUGUGUGUGUGUGUGUGUGUGUGUGUGUGUGUGUGUGUGUGUGUGUGUGUGUGUGUGUGUGUGUGUGUGUGUGUGUGUGUGUGUGUGUGUGUGUGUGUGUGUGUGUGUGUUAGAUCCUGAGGCAGAGACAAAGGCUAUCUCACUCCACAACCUAAUGGCUCCAUGUAAGACCCUCUGGACCUGGUCUCUCGUCGGGGUUUGCAGACUUCCACCUGAUCAAGCAACCACCCGGCAGCCAGCAACAUGGCGCCCUUUGAGAAGUCCAUGGAGAUGAUGCCCUUCAAGCAGAGGAAGUGUUUAGAAACAAGAAAAGAUGAAGUGUGCAGCAUCCGAUCCAAGUUCCCCAACAAGUUACCCGUGAUCGUGGAGCGUUACCUGCGCGAGAAGGCCCUCCCUCUGCUGGACAAGACCAAGUUUUUGGUUCCCUUCGAGCUGACCUUAGGACAGUUCCUGUGCCUGCUCAGGAACAAGAUCGACCUGGAGUCCAGCCAGGCUCUCUUCCUGCUGGUGGCCGAGAGGAGCAUGUCCUGCAUGUCCUCCAGCAUGGGGGAGGUCUACUCUCGCUACCGGGACCCCGACGGCUUCCUCUACAUCACCUACGCCUCGCAGGAGAUGUUCGGGGGAAGCUGAGCCGCGGAGAAACCCGGGCCGCCCGGGCCCACUUUGGACAUUUUCCCAACACCGCCUGACUCUCGGCUCCCCCACUUUAUUCUGGCGGGGCGAGAGUCCGCCACGUCUCGUGGGAUCACAGCCAGGAACUUCCACUUGUCUUUUGAGUCCAGGGCAAAGGAGAAGGAAGCUGAAGUGUUACUUGCACUCGUGUCCUGCUGAUCUUUCUAGCACUUCUCCUCCACAAUGUGAAGACUGCUGAUGCACGA